AUGAUUGCAAUUCUGUUGGUGUUGGUUGGAGCGGCCUCCGCAGCGACUGUAACGCCAAUCGCUGAGGACCCAGUGGAAGCGGUAUGUAGAUUGUUGUAAGUGCAAAAAAAAGUAUUGGUAAGUAUCAGUCUGUCGGGAAAAUAAUGACCCUACUGACGUUGCGCCGAUCGCGUCGCUGAAGUGAAAAGCAAUUUUUUUUUGCCGCGACACAAUUCAUUUUCUCAGCGGCGAUGCGAUUUUCGAUGCGACAGAGUGGGGGGUUAUUUUCCCGACAUGCUGAUAAUAAGCGAUGACAGCGACUUUAACGUCCUUUUUCAAACUUCAGCCCCGCUGAGCGCAGAGAGGGAAUUCGCGGCCUAGUGGAUUGCGUUUACGGUGCAAACAUAACCGCAAAACACGUGGUUUACCAUAUUUUCCUCCACAAACAUAAACCCCCGUUCAUUUCGUUGGUCGAGACGGCGGAAUCGGACGAAUGGAGAAGAUGUCUGAUCCAAGCGAACGACAGUCUUCUAGUCGCCGUUGGAAACGUUGGCGGCGAGUUCGCAAGACUCGCAUUGGAUGGGAAGACGCCCGUUACGCGGGAGGACGCUGGCUACGAGCCUGCCGACGUGCUCGACGUCUACCAUGAGAUUUGCAACACCACGUAGGAUUUUAUUUGCUUUAAAACCAAAAAAAAACGACGCUUUGAAGAGCGUUUUUGCGCUUCUUUCUUUCUUUUGGCUUUCCGUACUUGCGGAAAAUUUUUUUUUUUCACGGAAAAGGAGAAAGGGAGAAUUGUUAGAUAAGGUAGGUACUUUGCGACAAUUUGGUUGAUGCUAAAUGGGAUGUUUUUUGCCGCUGGAUCAGAUCCGCCACUGUUGAGGACAAUCUCACGAUUUUUUAACUUUGUGACACCAUUUUUUCUAUGAGGAAGAGACUUGAUUCAAAGUUGGGUCAAGUCUUUCUUUCGGUGAAAAUGGCCAAAAUCCUUGUUUAAAGUUGUCCACCGACAAAUUUCAGCCCCAGCUUCUCGCUUCCAUGCCUGUGGGAAGAAGGAACGGUUAGUGGAAUAAAUGAAAACGCUCUGCGCCGUCAUUACCGUCUGCUCGAGUUCUACGGCGCUUUUUCUUUUCUGGGCGAACAGUUCAACCCGGGAAGGUGAGUGGACUAGCAACUUUUUUGAAAGCUAACAUGAUGUACUCAGCUCUGAUAAAAACUCUUUUUUUAGGUUCUGCAGUUUCGACCUGGCCGACAAAUUGAACCCGACCGUUUACACAGACGGUUGGAAGGCCGGAGACCCUAUUAUCACAAAAUGCUUUGAAAGCGACGCAAAGAAUCUGGUCUUCUUGGUGAACGCGGUGAUGCUCUAA